CCAGAGACCAAAUUGUCUCUUUCCUGUUUUCUCCUUGAAAUCUUUGAUCUCCAUGUGAUCAGCCCGCUGACCGGACCCCUCGGGUCUGGGCAAGGAAUCACUGCUCCGGAUGGCUUCGCCCCCCAUUUGAGUCAUGGCGAUGGAGGGAUUUGACCGGUUGGGCGACACGGUGUGCAGUGGUCCGCUUGGAUUGGCAGACGUCUUGGGACGGCCGUUCUUCGCGGGACCCAUAUAAACCGACCGUCUCUCCUCAACAACCUUAACAGAAUCCCUCGAGGAAGAAUAUCGUGCACGGAGUCCCGUUCGACAGACGCUAAAGGAUUGCAGCUUGCACCCUGUUCAUCACCGAGCCCCGCUACCCCACUCGCCGCAACCAACACAAUGCCUCCCAUUAUCCACUGCGUCCGUCACGCCCAGGGCGAGCACAACCUCUGUGUCGCCAACCACGUCAUCCCCGACCCCCUUCUCACCGAUCUCGGCAACGAACAAUGUCGUAAACUCCGCGAUAGCUUUCCUCGCCACACUCAGGUCGACCUCGUCACGGCCUCCCCGCUCCGUCGCACUAUCUACACUGCCUUGCAGAGCUUCGAGCCCGUGUUCCAGUCACAUCCAGACAUGAAGAUGAUCGCUCUUCCUGAUGCCCAGGAAACGAGUGACGUCGCUUGCGACACGGGAAGCGACCCGGAGGUGCUACGCAAGGAGAUGGAGGAGAAGAACGUCCCGAUUGAUUUGGGUUUGGUGCAUGACGGUUGGAACAACAAGCAAGGCAAAUAUGCACCUACUCACAAGGCCAUCAAGGAGCGGGCGCGGGCAGCCCGCCGCUGGCUGAAGGCGAGACCGGAGAAGGAGAUCGUGAUUGUCACCCACGGAGGUUUCCUGCAUUACUUCACCGAGGAUUGGGAGGAUAGCAGCCAGUACCAGGGAACCGGAUGGGUCAACACCGAGUACCGGACGUACGAAUUCACAAAGGAAGUUCACACAGAUGACCUUGAGGGAUAUGAGCUGGACGGAGACAAUGCAUCUCUAGUGGAGACGAUUGAAUCGCGUGAGCGACGCGGGAAGUCUGGACCCAUGCCAGACCGCGAGCAGCAGAAGACGCUGUACAAGAAAGGUACUCAGGGAUGGGACGACCAAGGCUUGCAGCUGAGUAUUGCCGAGCGGGAGGCGGCCAAGGUGCCGGAAGGUACAGAGGUAGAUGGUGUUCGAGUAUAGAUUCCCUUGUUGUCAGUUCUUUGUAGAGUAUAGAGCGUGAUGUGGAGAUGCCGAUAUACAGGUUUAGAUCAAAGAUCUGAAGCAUUGGAUUAUGAGUUGACCACAUUGCUCUUUGUCUUGCUCUUUUUUACCCACGAUGUUGGAACAAUGAUUGUUGUCAGAAGCUGCACAAUGAAGUGCAUCGGUAAUCGACUGCAGGUAGAUCUAUAAGAAUGGUCAUCGC